UUGGCCACGGAAAACACUUACAGCGAAGGAGAAACACCGUAAUCAACCGUUUAUCUCCAAACCGACGGACCAGAUCUGCGUGUUCACGGUGCGGAGAACUGAAGGCCCGAAGCGUCAGUCGGUCCCGUUCCCAAAUCCCAACCCCUGCCGUCUCGUGUCCGCCGCCCCGCCUUCCUUUUUCACUUCUUCCCUCCAUCUCCCACAGCCGCGGAGGCGAGGACGGGGGCGGAGCCGGCGGCGGGAGGGUUCCAUCUUCGGGCGAGCUGCGGGGGAUGGAUAAAAAAAACUCUGUAAGGCUCAUUGAAGCCAUCGAGCAAUUGAACCCAGAGGCCACUGUAAAGCUCACUCAAGCUAUUGAGAAAUUGAUCCAGGAGCUCAAGGAAAAGUCACCUUUCGAUGCGCUAUCUGAGCGUAAGAAGUCAUUCAUUGAAGCUUCAAAAGCGUUUACGCUGUUUGCCGGCGCCGGUUUAAAUGCGAUGAAUGCGUUCGCUAUCACUUUGGCUUACAUGUCAAUGCAUUCGAUGAAUGUCAACGCAGAUGCUGCUAACACUACUUCAACAGCCGCUCCUCCUACUGAGAGUGCUACUUCUCCUCCCAAUAUGAUUCAAUCUUUUCUUAUCUUGGGAACAAUGUUUUGUUUCCUUUUCACAAGCUGCGCUACAGCAGUGGCUCAUGCCACUGUACAUCGCACAAAGUGGUUCUCCAUGCUCGUGGUGAUUAUGAUCCUGGAAGUCAUUCUCUUGAAUGUCACAUGCGCGCUUUAUUGCUACCUACUUACGGAGGGGGUCUUCUGCAUCAUUGCUGCUGCUCUAUUGUUUUUCUCGUUGGUUUUCAUGCUUGGGUUUAUUACUAUCGGCUUCCAUGGUUGAACCUGGAUGGAAUGGUGAAGCGUUGAUUGAAGAUAAACCUGGACGGAAUGAUCUUUUGUCAUGAUUUGUUGGAAAGAGGCUCGCAAUGCUACUGGAAGUCAAGUCUCUUAGAAACUCUUUAUGUUGGUGUAGUCUUUCAGCAUGGUUGAACCUGGAUGGAAUUGUUUAAGUGCUGCUUGAAGAUAAACCUGGAUGGAAUGAUCUUUUGUCAUGAUCUGUUGGAAAGAGGGUCGCAAUGCUAUUGGAAGUCAAGUCUCUUAGAAACUCUGUAUGGUAGUGUAGUAGUUAAACAAUGUAAACUGGGCUAGUUUUAUCGGAAGUCUAGUCUUUUUUGUAGCAAAA